AUGUCACAAUUCAAAAAAGAAUCAAGCAAAAAAACUGUUCAAAAAAAAGAUCAUACACAAACUAAUACACUUUGUUCACAUGAAUGCAGUGAUAUUCAAGGAACUUACUCAACUAUUUCAACUAAUUUUGGUUUACAACAUAUCGCUCUCCAACCUGCACCGCAAUUUCCAUUUGGAUUGUAUAGGGAUUAUUUGCGCCCACACCACUAUUACAAACACCGUAUUAUUAUCCUAUAUAUGGACAGUACGCGCAACGUGACAAAACAAAAAAAAGUUGAAGUAAUUGAAGUUGAAGAUGACAUUGAUAACGAAGAAGUUUCUGAUUUACCUUCAAUUGAUUUCUUGUUGCGUUGUUUGGAUUUACAUGUUGCAAAAGAUCCAACUGUUAGGGAAAUAAUCACAGAUCAUUUUUUCGUAGUUCCACAGGAACUAGAAGCAUUCGUUGAGAUUUAUAAUGAUGAUGAAUUAAGUGACUCAGAAAUAGCUUCUUCAAUGGAAUUAAUUCCUCGUACAAAACCUUUUAAUGAUGAAGAAAAAGUGCUACAAGUAGCUGGCUACAGGCUGCCACUGAUUUUUUUUACCUCUGCAAAUAAAUUUCCCUAUAGUGAACGAACAUUGGCCACCCCACCAGAUGUUCUAUACUGUCAAACCAAUGAUAAAUACUAUAUUCAAGAUGAAAUUGCGGAAUAUUUGAAGAAUUCUGAUCAUAGUGCGUAA